ACCAAUGCAUUUGUGGGAGACACACAAAAACACAAUCUAAAAUGGGUUCCAAUGAAGUUGCCAAUAACCCAAUACAUGUUGUUUGCAUUCCAGUUCCAGCUCAAAGCCAUACAAAGGCAAUGCUCAAAUUAGCAAAACUCCUCCACCAUAGAGGUUUCACCUUUGUCAGCACAGAGUUCAAUCACAAGAGGUUCCUCAAGUCUCUAGGACCCAACUCCCUCGACGGCUUGCCUAGUUUCAGAUUCGAAACCAUACCAGAUGGCCUCUCAAGUUCAGAUGAAGAUACCACUCAAGACCAGCUCUUGCUUGGCGAGUCAAUCAUAAAUAAUUUACUGGCUCCAUUUCGAGACCUCCUCAGAAAACUGAAUCACACAGCAACUCCCGACAAUCCUCCGGUGACUCACAUCCUUUCGGAUGGUUUGAUGACGUUCACGAUCACAGCAGCAGAAGAAAUUGGAAUCCCUAUAGUACUUUCAUUUAGUAUUUCUGCAAGCAGCUUCAUGGGGUAUAAACAAUAUCCCACUUUACUUGAAAAAGGACUUGCUCCACUCAAAGAUGAGAGUUGUUUAACAAAUGGCUUUCUGGACAAGGUGAUAGAUUGGAUUCCGGGAAUGAAAGGUAUUCGUCUAAGGGAUCUCCCACACAACUUGAGAACCACAAAUCCCAAUGAGAAAUCCUGGACAAACUGCUUGGAAGCAAUUGGAAGAUUUGAUAAAGGUUCAGCAGUUGUUCUACAUAGUUUUGAUGCACUGGAGCAAGAUGUUUUGGAUGCUCUCUCAUCCAUGUUUCCACUUGUUUAUGCAAUUGGCCCUCUCCCAUUACUUCUUAAUCAGAUACCAGAGCACCCUUUGAAGAUUAUGGGAUAUAGUCUACGGAAAGAAGAAUCUGACUGCCUCAAAUGGCUAGAUUCUAAUGCCCCAAAUUCAGUUUUGUAUGUGAAUUUUGGCAGUUUGGCAUUCAUAUCACCCGAACAGCUUGUUGAGUUUGGUUGGGGAAUAGCAAAUAGCAAGCUUCCCUUCUUUUGGGUCAUUAGGCCUGACCUGGUUGUUGGUGCAUCAUCAAUUUUGCCACCUGAGUUUGUGAAUGAAACUAAGGAAAGAGGACUAAUAGCAAGUUGGUGCCCACAAGAACAAGUCCUUGAGCACUCAUCAGUUGGAGGAUUUUUAACACAUAGCGGUUGGAAUUCAACCAUUGAGAGUCUAUGUGCAGGUGUGCCUAUGUUGUGUUGGCCAUGCUCUUUUGACCAGCCAACAAACUGUUACUAUGCUUGUAAUGAAUGGGGUAUUGGCAUGGAGAUUUGUAAUGAUGUAAAGAGAGAGCAUGUGGAGAAGCUUGUUAAAGAGUUAAUGGAGGGAGAGAAAGGUAAGCAAAUGAAAAAAAAUUAA